GUCCACCGGAACCACCGCCGGCACCACCGUGCCCAAUCAAAUGUCCCACCGAUUCGCUGUUCGCUCGCUAUCGCGUAGUCGACGUGCAGGAGGACGAUAGCGAGUUCGUGGAGGUUGACGAGGAUGGGGUGGAACCGUCGGUGGUGGGUGUUGCCCGCCAGGAUGAGUAUGAACUUUCUACCGAAUCACCCGAAGCACUGGAAGCCAACGAUGGUUUGACGCAAGAAUUCACCACAGCGCCACGAUUGGUGCAGGAGCAGCAACUUACUGACGGUGAUGAUGAUGUUGCUACUACGACUUCCACCACGGUACCGUCGACCACAUCCGCAGCACAAUGUCCCGAGGUAACGCCACCGCCCAUUCUCAUCCUCGAAGGUGCACGAACAUUCCCAGCGCGAAGCUUCCCACCGGACGGUACCACCUUCUCGCAGAUCACCCUCGGCCAGCGGCUGUCGAAGGAGAUCCCACCGUACAGCUACUGGAACAUGCAGUUCUACCAGUCGGAACCGGCGUACGUCAAGUUCGAUUACAGCAUCCCCCGAGGCGCAUCGAUAGGUGUUUACGCGCGCCGUAACGCCCUGCCGACGCACACGCAGUAUCACUUCAAAGAGGUCCUGAGCGGUUUCAAUGCGCGCCAGACACGUGCCACUCAUCCAUCGAUGCGUCGCGAGGUCACACGCUACAUGGAACCGGGCCAUUGGUUCCUCUCCAUCUACAACGAUGACGGUGAUGCACAGGAGAUUGCGUUCUACGCGGUGGUCGCUGAGGAUAUGACCCAGAACUGUCCGAACGGAUGUUCCGGCAAUGGUCAGUGUCUGCUUGGACACUGCCAGUGCAAUCCUGGUUUCGGUGGCGACGAUUGCAGUGAGAGUGUCUGUCCAGUGCUCUGCUCGCAGCGAGGCGAAUACAUUAACGGCGAAUGUCAGUGUAAUCCGGGCUGGAAGGGCAAAGAGUGCUCACUGCGCCAUGACGAGUGCGAAGUUCCGGACUGCAAUGGCCAUGGGCACUGUGUCAGCGGCAAGUGUGGAUGCGUCCGUGGCUACAAGGGCAAAUACUGCGAAGAAGUGGACUGUCCCCAUCCGACCUGUACCGGACAUGGAUUCUGUGCCGAAGGUACCUGCAUCUGCAAGAAAGGCUGGAAGGGACCGGACUGUGCCACGAUGGACCAGGACGCGCUGCAAUGUCUACCGGACUGUUCCGGCCACGGUACGUUCGAUCUGGAUUCGCAAACCUGCACCUGCGAACCGAAGUGGAGCGGUGAGGACUGUUCGAAGGAGUUGUGCGAUCUGAACUGUGGCCAGCAUGGUCGAUGUGUCGGCGAAACCUGCAGCUGCGAUGCCGGUUGGGGUGGCGAAUACUGCAAUAAUAAGCUGUGCGAUCCACGCUGUAAUGAGCACGGACAGUGCAAGAACGGUACCUGUCUGUGCGUUACCGGUUGGAACGGCAAACACUGCACGUUGGAGGGAUGUCCGAAUGGCUGCUCCCAGCAUGGCCAGUGUCACGUUAGUGGAGAGCUGAUGUGGGAAUGUCGCUGCUACGAAGGCUGGGACGGUGUGGACUGCUCGGUACCGCUCGAACAAAACUGUGGUGACAAUAAGGAUAAUGAUCGCGACGGUCUGGUCGACUGCGAAGAUCCCGAGUGCUGUGGUAGUCACUCGUGUAAGACGAGCCAGCUGUGCGUCUCCGCACCGAAACCAAUCGAUGUACUGCUGCGCAAGCAACCGCCCGCCAUUACGGCAUCGUUCUUCGAACGCAUGAAGUUCCUGAUCGAUGAGGGCAGUCUGCAGAACUACGCCAAGCUCGAAACGUUCAACGAAAGCGUUUUUUGGAAUCAUUUUAAUGCAAGCCGAUCGGCCGUCAUUCGAGGGCGCGUCGUCACCUCGCUCAACAUGGGUUUGGUAGGUGUGCGCGUCAGCACCUCGACACCGCUGGAAGGGUUCACCCUCACCCGGGAUGACGGUUGGUUCGAUCUGAUGGUGAACGGGGGCGGUGCGAUAACGCUCCAGUUCGGCCGCUCACCGUUCCGACCGCAGACACGCAUCGUGCAGGUACCCUGGAAUGAGGUCGUCAUCAUCGACACGGUGGUGAUGUCUACGUCGGACGACAAGUCGCACCAUGGACCGCCGCACACGUGCUUUUCGCACGAUUACGAUCUCAUGAAGCCGGUCGUGCUGGCAACGUGGAAGCAUGGAUUCCAAGGUGCCUGCCCGGAUCGGAGCGCCAUCCUGGCGGAGUCGCAGGUCAUCCAGGAAUCGCUGGCUAUCCCCGGCACCGGCCUGAACCUGGUCUACCAUAGCUCCCGUGCGGCUGGGUAUCUGUCGACGAUUAAGCUACAGCUGACGCCGGACACGAUUCCGCCGACACUGAAGCUCAUCUAUCUGCGCAUCACAAUCGAAGGCAUACUGUUCGAGCGUGUGUUCGAGGCGGAUCCCGGCAUCAAGUUCACCUACCCGUGGAAUCGGCUCAACAUUUACCGCCAGCGUGUGUACGGCAUCACCACCGCGGUGGUUAAGGUGGGCUACCAGUACACCGACUGCAAGGAUGUGGUGUGGGACGUGCAGACGACGAAGCUGAGCGGGCAUGACAUGAGCAUCUCGGAGGUUGGUGGCUGGAACCUGGACAUCCACCAUCGGUACAACUUCCACGAAGGCAUCCUGCAGAAGGGCGACGGUUCCAACAUCUAUCUGAAGCAUAAGCCGCGCGUUAUUCUUACCGCGAUGGGUGACGGGCAUCAGCGCCCGUUGGAGUGCGGUGAUUGCAACGGUAUUGCCACCAAGCAACGGUUGCUGGCACCGGUAGCGCUGGCCGCAGCCCCCGACGGUAGUCUGUACGUGGGUGACUUCAACUACAUCCGGCGGAUCAUGAUCGACGGUACGGUUCGGACGGUGGUGAAGCUGAACGCAACCAGAGUGUCCUACCGCUACCACAUGGCGCUCAGCCCGCUCGAUGGUUCGCUGUACGUGUCCGAUCCGGAAUCGCAUCAGAUCAUCAAGGUGCGCAACAAGGACGACACGCACGAUCCCGACCACAACUGGGAGCCGGUGGUGGGCAGUGGCGAACGAUGCCUUCCCGGCGAUGAGGCGCACUGCGGUGAUGGUGGGCUGGCGCGCGAUGCUAAGCUGGCGUACCCGAAAGGGGUGGCUAUCUCCUCGGACAACAUCUUGUACUUCGCGGACGGCACCAACAUCCGGAUGGUGGAUCGGGACGGUGUGAUCAGCACCCUGAUCGGCAAUCAUAUGCACAAGUCGCACUGGAAGCCGGUACCGUGCGAGGGAACGCUCAAGAUUGAGGAAAUGCAUCUCCGGUGGCCGACGGAGCUGACCAUCAACCCGCUGGACGACACGCUGCACAUCAUUGACGAUCACAUGAUACUGCGCAUGACGCCGGAUGGACGCGUUCGGGUGAUUGCCGGCCGGCCAAUGCACUGUGCUACGGCUGGCGGAAGCGGAACCGGCACUGGUUUGAGCACGGGUGUGAGCGGAAGCGUAUCGACGGCACUGAACUACGACACCGACCUGGCGAUUCACGCGACACUGGUAAUGCCGCAGAGCAUCGCCUUCGCACCGUCGGGUGAUCUGUACGUGGCUGAAAGUGACUCGCAGCGCAUCAAUCGUAUUCGGGUGAUUGGAACAGAUGGCAAGAUUGCGCCGUACGCGGGUGCCGAAUCGAAGUGCAACUGUCUCGAGCGGGGUUGUGACUGUUAUGAAGCGGAUCACUAUCUUGCGAUCAGUGCGAAGUUCAACACGAUCUCCGCCAUCACUGUGACGCCGGAUGGGCACGUGCACAUUGCCGAUCAGGCGAACUACCGCAUCCGGUCGGUCAUUUCGAGCUUACCGGAGGCCGGCACCUCGAAGGAGUACGAGAUAUAUGCGCCGAACGCACAGGAGAUCUACGUGUUCAAUCGCUUCGGUCAGCAUAUCGCCACCAAGAACAUAAUGACCGGUGAAACGGUGUACAGCUUCCUGUACAAUGUCAACACGUCGAACGGCAAGCUGAGUACGGUGACGGAUGCAGCUGGCAACAAGGUGUUCCUGCUGCGCGAUUACACCGCCCAGGUGAACUCGAUCGAGAACACGAAGGGCCAGAAGUGCCGUCUGCGCAUGACUCGCAUGAAGAUGCUGCACGAGCUGAACACGCCGGACAACUACAACGUGACGUUCGAAUAUCACGGACCGACGGGUUUGCUGAAGACGAAGCUCGACUCGACGGGACGGUCGUACGUGUACAACUACGACGAGUUUGGGCGGUUAACGUCCGCCGUCACACCAACCGGCAAGGUGAUCGAUCUUACCUUCGAUCUGAGCGUGCAGGGCGCUACCGUCAAGGUGACGGAGAAUUCGCAGCGUGAGGUGUCGAUGUUGAUCCAGGGAUCGUCGGUUGUGUCGAAGGUUGGGGAGGCUGCCACCAAGACGACAGUUAUGCUCGAUGGCGGUACCACUAGCGUUUCACCGUGGGGCAACGCAGUGUCGGUGGAGUCGGUACCGUACGUACUGCUGGCGGAGGUAGAUCCACUGCUGGGCGAAAGCUACCCGGUGCCGUCGAAACAGCGCACGGAGAUUAAUGGGGAUCUAUCCAACCGUUUCGAAUGGCGCUACUUCAUCCGCCAUGUACCGGUACGGGGUAAGAAUGCUCGCACGUUGACGCAGGUCGGCAGAAAGCUGCGCGUGAAUGGUGAAAAUCUGCUCACGUUCGAGUAUGAGAAGGACACAUCCUCCAUUACGGUCUCCGUGGACGAUAAGACUGAGCUGCUGAACGUGACGUACGAUAAAUCGUCGCGUCCGAUCGCGUACCGUCCGCAGUCGGGCGAGUACGCUGACGUGGACCUCGAGUACGACCGGUUCGGACGGCUGAUAUCGUGGAAGUGGGGCAAUCUGAAGGAAGAGUACACGUUCGAUCGGGCUGGUCGGCUGAACGAGAUCAAGUACGGCGAUGGUAGCUCCAUUGUUUACGCGUUCAAGGACACGUUCAGUAGCCUUCCGCUCAAGGUGACCACACCGAGACGGUCGGACUAUUUGCUGCAGUACGAUGAUGCGGGGGCAUUGCAGUCGCUGACGACCCCACGCGGACACAUCCACGCCUUCUCGCUGCAAACGUCGCUCGGGUUCUUCAAGUAUCAGUACUACUCGCCGAUCAACCGCCAUCCGUUUGAGAUCCUGUACAGCGACGAGGGUCAAAUACUGGCCAAGAUUCAUCCGCACCAGAGUGGCAAGGUGGCGUUCGUGCACGAUACCGCUGGGCGGCUGGAGACGGUGCUUGCUGGACUGUCCUCCACGCAGUACACCUACCAGGAGAGUACGAGUCUGGUGAAGCAGGUGGAGGUACUCGAGCCGGGCUUUGAGUUGCGACGCGAGUUCAAGUACCAUGCGGGUGUGCUGAAGGAUGAGAAGCUUAAGUUCGGUUCGAAGAGUGGAUUAGCCUCGGCCCACUUCAAAUACCAGUACGAUGGUAAUGCGCGCCUUAGCGGCAUCGAGAUGGACGUUAAUGGCAAGGAGUUACCGAUCGUACGCUUCAAGUACGGACCCGCCCAGGGCACGCUGGACGCGGUGAGCGAUCUGCGCAUUACGCGCAAUGCAUUCAACCGCACGGUCGUGCAGGACACUUCCAAGCAGUUCUUCACGAUCACCGAUUUUGACGAGCACGGACGUGUGAAGAGUGUUCUGAUCAACAUCAAGUCGUUCGAUGUGUACCGACUGGAGCUGGACUACGACCUGCGCAAUAGAAUCCGAACGCACAAGGUGAUGGUUGGGCGCUCCACUUCCCUGGACAAGGUGAACUACAACGCGGAUGGGCACGUGAUGGAGGUUGUUGGAACGAACAGCUGGAAGUACGUGUACGACGAGAAUGGCAACAUUAUUGGAAUUCUGGAACAGGGUGACAAGACGAACCUGGGCUAUGAUACCGGCGAUCGGGUGGUGCAAGUUGGAGACGUUGAGUUCAACAGCUACGAUGCACGUGGGUACGUUGUGCGCCGUGGUGAGCAGAAGUAUCGCUACAACAACCGCGGCCAACUGAUACACGCAAUGGAGCGCGAUCGUUUCCAGACCUGGUACUUCUACGAUGAUCUCGGCCGGCUAGUGGCCUGCCACGAUGAGAAGGGCAACGUGACGCAGUACUUCUACGCCAACCUGAACGCACCGGAGUUGAUCACACACAUCCAUUACCCGAAAGCCGGACGUACCUCGCGACUGCUGUACGACGACCGCCAUAUGCUGAUUGCGAUCGAGACGGGUGAUCAGCGGUACUAUGUAGCGACGGAUCAGAAUGGUUCACCGAUCGCACUGUUUGACGUUGGUGGGGCUAUUGUGAAGGAGAUCCGCCGAACUCCGUUCGGUAAAAUCGUGAAAGACACCAACCCGGGACUGUUUGUGCCGAUCGACUUCCACGGUGGAUUGCUCGAUCCCAACACGCGACUUGUGUACAUGGAACAGCGUCUGUACGACACCGGCGUGGGCCAGUGGAUGACACCGGCCUGGGAGCAGCUGGCAACGGAGAUGCGUCACCCGACGGAUGUGUUUAUCUACCGCUUCCACAACAACGAUCCCAUCAAUCGGCGCGAACCCGAGGGCAACUACAUGAACGAUCUGCGCUCCUGGCUGAAGCUGUUCGGGUACGACGUCACGAAGAUGCAGGGCUCUCGCUACACCCGGGACAUGAUCUACAGGCCGACGGCGACGAUCAAGUCACCGCAGCUCGCACCCGACUUUGGCGUCAUGUCCGGACUGCAGUGCAUCGUCGAGAAGGUGGACGAGAAGUUUGCCGACUUUGGCUUCAUACCGAAGCCGCUGCUGAAGAUGGAGUUGAAGACGCGCAAUCUGCUGCCCCGCGUCGCCUACCGUCGGGGCGUGUUCGGGGAGGGCGUGCUGAUCUCACGCAUCGAUGGCCGUGCGCUGGUUAGCGUGGUGGACGGUUCGAACAGUGUCGUGCAGGAUGUGGUCUCGUCCGUGUUCAAUAACUCGCACUUCCUCGAUCUGCACUUCAGCAUCCACGACCAGGACGUGUUCUACUUCGUGAAGGACAACGUGAUGAAGCUGCGUGACGAUACGGAGGAGCUGCGCCGGCUCGGCGGGAUGUUUAAUAUUUCCGCACACGAAAUCAACGACCAUGGCGGAGCGAACGGCAAGGAGCUACGUCUGCACGGUCCGGACGCGGUCGUCAUCAUCAAGUACGGGGUCGAUCCGGAGCAGGAGCGCCACCGUAUACUGAAGCACGCCCACAAGCGUGCCGUCGAGCGGGCUUGGGAGCUGGAGAAGCAGCUCGUUGCGGCAGGCUUCCAGGGUCGUGGCGAUUGGACCGAGGAGGAAAAGGAAGAGCUCAUCUCGCACGGUGACGUCGAUGGGUGGAUCGGUGUUGACAUCCACAGCAUCCACAAGUAUCCGCAGCUGGCGGACGACCCGGGCAAUGUUGCGUUCCAGCGUGACUCGAAGCGCAAACGGCGAAAGAGUGGGGGAACGUCCAGCGGUGGCGGUGGUGGCAGCCACAAGGCAAAGCGUGAACAUCGUCACGAGACGAUAAUACUGCCGCUGCCGGUGGCAUCGGUUGCUCCGUCCCCGUCGGUACCCACGUCCUCGAUGUCGUCGGCGACGUCGACAUCUGCGUCGGCCCCAUCGCUGCCGUUGUCGUCGGUCGCAUCUUCGCCCACUUCGCCAUCGUCCUCGGUGCCAUCCGCGGUACCGGCAGUCGCAGGGACCGCAUCGGCAGCAACGGUACGACCGAGUGCUGCAACGUGA